UCAGGUUGAUAUUCAGCUAUAAAAGCACCGAACAUGCGUCUGCUGGUCGCAAACCUCUCUUUCUCCGUGAUCAUCGGCUCGCCGACGUAACCACCUAUAAGGGCGCCGCCAUGAACGCAGCUCUCUCCAUCGUCCUCCUCGGUUUCAUCACUGCCGCCACCGCCGGCGCAAUCAUUAGUGACGAUGGCGGCUACGGCCCUGCCUACAGUGCCGGUUAUGGCAGAGCCUCCGGCGCUGACUACACGGCCAGUGAUGUCACCGUCCCUGGCCCAGUCUUAGAUAAUGGCUACGUGCCUGUCGACCCCUUGGGCCCCAGCUCCGGCUCCGGCUCCGGCUCUGGCUCCGGCUCUGGCUAUAGCUCUGGCUCCGGCUAGGGCUCUGGCUCCGGCACUGGCUACGCCCCUACCGGCGCUGGUCUAGCCUUCUCUACGGUGGCUAGAUUCUGCAGGUGUGCAGACCGGUGCGGUUCGCUGCUUCUCCGCAUCAUGACAGCAGGUGUGGCGCAGCGGUCGGAAACCUGUCGCGAAGCACGCUUCGUCUGCUACUGGUGCGCGCUUGUACGAUUUCAAGUUCUUUGCUUUUUCUAACUAAAACAUAAAAUA